AUGACCACAGUCCCGAUAUUGACCAGAGCUCUGAGAGGGACGUUUUACCGCCUGUCCGCUUGUGCUUGCUGCACCUCUCAUAUUCAUACACGUGCCUUCUCUUAUGUCUAUCCCAAGCCCCAGCUCUCCAUACCGUACUCUACAUACCCCGGCUAUUCCAAAGGGAAAGGACGCGCAUUUCCGAGUGGUGGCGGUAAAGGGGUAGACCCAGAAGAGGAAGUCGAUGAUAGAGAGUGGGAUAUACGAGUGGCGAGGGCAAUGAUGCACCUACAAGAAACACUUCCGCAAUUCUUCAAUCCUGAGAUGACCGCCUCGAACAUGUUGCCACCUGAAGUUUACAGCCAGCACAUGGUGCUCAAGCUGCCUGCGCCGCUCCCUCUUAAAAUAUCAUCACUAACAGGGUAUUCUAUGGCAUUCUCACUCACUCGUAAUGGAAUGCAAGCCCUCCACACCGAUCUGCGAUCAGAUUUGGAGAGAAUGACUUUCUCCCCGGCUCCCAGAGAUCUUGCCAAAGAUGACAAGCGCGCCGCUCUUCUUAUGGCACAGAAAGGUGUUCCCAGUCACAGAUUAAAACAAAUCAGAGUGCUAUUGUCGGUAUAUGGAACCCUACGGCUUCCACCUCACUCGGAGGCACGAUGGCAUACAUCAUCGUUGUAUACAUUUUCUCCCACAUCAGGCUUGAUCGUUUCCCACGAAGUUGAGACGAUCAGACCCUUACCAGGAGAGGGUGUGGCAGAAUGGCUCAUGUCUCGGCUGCUUGGGUGGACAAACAGGAAUGGGGUAGCAGAGGGAGCAAUCCCGUGUCCCAGGACCGUCGCCCUCCCACCCGACUCGAGUAUCGCGAGGCUGAAAAACGGCCGUGAAAAGGGCGAGUGA